AGUCAAAAACUGGGUCAUCUAACGUAGCAGGAACGUGAAUCGAGGUGAACAACAUAAAUAGGGUGAAACGGGACUAGUCCAAUGACAUCAGGGACUCGAAUGGGCGUAGUAGACAUCUAACAGAAGUACACCGAAAGGAUAAUUGUGAGCUAAUUAAGCUAGCUUCAUCAUGUCUUCUUCAAGCGAGUGGGUGUUGUACUACUGGCCUCUGGCAGGGCGCGGAGAAUUUGUGCGGCUGGUUUUUGAGGAAGCCGGGGUUCCGUACAAGGAGAUCAAUGACGUUGAAUUGUUGUCCAAAAACUUUAAGAAAAUCGAUCUUCCGCCAUCAGAAGACUUCAGCUUUCCUUGCUUUGCCCCGCCCGUGAUUAAGAAAGGUGAUUUUGUCCUCAGCCAGACUCCGGUGAUAUGCGAGUAUCUCGGGAAGAAGUUCGGGCUGUAUCCAGAUGGAGGCGAGGAGGAGGAGUAUCACGCGCGGCAGUUUAACCUUACCAUACAUGACUUUAUUGCUGAUGGACGCUUGGCAUUUCAUGGCCGCAAUCACACAGAAUCCUACUACACACAGAAGGAAGAGACCCAGCCGUACAUCGACUUCUUUGUGAAGAAUCGACUGCCAAAGUGGCUGAGAAACUUGGAGCAUUUGUUAAAUGCUAACUAUGGGAAACACGGAGGGAAAGGGUAUGCGAUUGGCACCAAGAUGACGUACGUAGAUCUAGCUCUUCUCCAUGUGUUAAGGGCGACCGAGUCACAAUUUCCCGCACCAUGGGAGGAACUGAAGGGUAGCUUCCCUCUGUGUCGCGAGUUCAAAGAGAGAAUGUCCCAAAGACCCAACUUAGCAGCCUAUUUCAAGUCCGACAGGUGUCGCCCGUUUGAAGGCAACAGUAUGAUGUAGAAUUGGUUGCUGUGUUGUCACUGAUUUGAGAUACGUUUAUAGGCAGUGGUGAUAAUGGAGAAGACUGCCGUGAACUCAACUUAUGAUGCACCAUCAAUGUGAUAUUAACAUGUUAAAACAAAAAAACUGAACUGCCAUACUGCUAUCACUGACUGUGGUACGGGGAAGUCAAUAUCUUCAUGACCUGUAGGUCUACCUGUAUAGGGUUAAAUGCACAGUCAGUGUUCCUCUUCAUACGGUCUUUUUGGGAAUGGAUUUAUU